UCUACUCUCUCAAGUAACGCUCAGACUGGACACUGACUCGAUUUCUAUAUUUCCCAGCGGCUCCCAACUUUUUUUUGGCACACGUCACCUUUCGCUUGGAUGCAAAUCCUGUUCGCCGCCUUGUCGCCACCUCCGGCUCCGCUCAGCAGGAUAACCUCCACCGAUCACUCUCCUCCACUGGGCCCUUCUUUUUAAAAAAAAAAUUUUUAACCCCAAAAAACAACCAACUGCACAGCCAGCCAAGCCGACGGGGGGAAAAAACCAGCUCCCACAGUGCGAUGAUUUGACUCCGUGUGAAAAUGUGUGACAACUGCGCCGAGCUGGUGGAGGUUUUAAAUGAAAUAUCGGACACGGACGGCAGUGAAGGAGGCUUCCAGCUGAAGAAGGAGCACGCCCUGCGAGUGCUGGGCUACAUCAGCUCCUGGACACAGAGACAAUGUCUCUGCUGCUUCAAGGAGUACAAGCACCUGGAGGUCUUCAACCAGCUGGUUUACGCCCUCAUCAACCUGGUCAUCGCUCAGAUCAGCAGCCUGAGGGACCGCCUCUGCAGCGUCCAGGACCGCCUCCGCAAAGGGGGCGCCGAGGGCGGCGGGUCCGAAUGGAGCGGGGGUGAGGCCGCGCCCGGGCCCCUCCCCCGGCCCUCCUCGCCGGGCGAGGACGAGCCCGUGAACGUGGAGAGGGACUCGGCCGAAGAGGACGCCGCCGACCUCAACCAGAACAAGGGCCCGAGUCAGCAGCCCAGCAGCAGCAGCACCAGCGGCGGCGACAGCAGCGACAGCCAGGACCCGUUCGGCUCCUGGAGCACCGAGGAGAGGGAGAAGCUGCUGCUGUGCGCCGCCAAGAUCUUCCAGAUCCAGUUCCCCCUCUACACAGCCUACAAACACAACACACACCCCACCAUAGAGGACAUUUCUGCUCACGAGAGCAACAUCCUCGGCUCCUUCUGCGACAUGAACGACGUGGAGGUGCCACUCCACCUGCUGCGCUACGUCUGUCUGUUCUGCGGGAAGCACGGCCUCUCCCUGAUGAAGGAGUGCUUCGAGACGGGCACGCCGGAGAGCCUUCCCUUCCCCAUUGCCCACGCCUUCAUCACCAUCGUCUCCAACAUCCGAAUAUGGUUGCACAUUCCUGCGGUCAUGCAGCACAUCAUACCGUUCCGCACCUACGUAAUACGGUACCUGUGCAAGCUGUCGGACCAGGAGCUGCGGCAGAGCGCAGCGCGCAACAUGGCCGACCUGAUGUGGAGCACGGUGAAGGAGCCGCUGGACAGCGCCCUGUGCUUCGACAAGGAGAGCCUGGACCUGGCCUUCAAGUACUUCAUGUCCCCCACGCUCACCAUGCGGCUGGCCGGGCUCAGCCAGAUCACCAACCAGCUCCACACUUUCAACGACGUCUGCAACAACGAGUCCCUGGUGUCCGACACGGAAACCUCCAUAGCGAAGGAGCUCGCCGACUGGCUGAUCCACAACAACGUGGUGGAGCACAUAUUCGGACCAAAUUUGCACAUCGAGAUCAUUAAACAGUGCCAGGUGAUCCUGAACUUCUUGGCGGCAGAGGGCCGGCUCAGCACGCAGCAUGUGGACUGUAUCUGGGCUGCAGCUCAGCUGAAACAUUGCAGCCGCUACAUCCACGACCUUUUCCCCUCGCUCAUCAAGAACCUGGACCCGGUGCCGCUCCGCCACGUCCUCAACCUGGUGUCAGGCCUGCACCCCAGCGCCCACACCGAGCAGACCCUGUACCUGGCCUCCAUGCUCAUCAAGGCUCUGUGGAACAACGCGCUGGCCGCCAAGGCCCAGCUGUCCAAGCAGAGCUCCUUCGCCUCGCUGCUCAACACCAACAUCCCCAUGGGCAACAAGAAAGGUUCUCCGGCUGCGAGUCCAGACAGCAGCGACAACAGCGACACGCAACACAGCGGAGGCAGCGACAUGGAGAUGGACGACCAGAUGAUGACCGGCAGCAAGAGGGGCCAGCAGAGGCUGUCUGACACGGAGGAGUCGAUGCAGGGCAGCUCCGACGAGACGGCCAACAGCGUGGAGGAGGGCAGCAGCGGGCCGGGCAGCAGCAGCGGCCGCAGCGAGGCCUCCAGCAACGAGGCCGCCUCCAGCCGAGCCAGCCAAUCGGCCGGCAGCCCUGGCAGCGAGCUGCACUCCGACGACAUGGCGGACAGAGAGGCCCUGAAG